AUGGUGUAUGAGCAGUACUUCCAGCUGUCAUCCAAAUACCCUUACACUACACUUGGUCUUAGCCAAAAUAUCAAGUCUGAAAUAGCAGAACUUGUUCUGGAGAAGCUGGAGAACAUGGCUUUGGUUGUGUCUUCCAACCUCUACUACCACUUUCUAAGACCCACUUCUAUCUUUCACUGUGCAGUAGGAAUAGUUCCAUCUUCUGUUGUCCUGACUUCUUUCCAGGUGAUGUCAAGAGUUUUUCUAAUAUGGGCAGUAACACAUAGUGUCAAAGAGGUACAGAGUGAAGACAGUGUCCUCCUCUUUGUCAUUGCCUGGACAAUCACAGAAAUUAUUCGUUACUCCUUUUAUACAUUCAGUCUAUUAAACCAUCUGCCUUACCUCAUCAAAUGGGCCAGGUACACACUUUUCAUUGUGCUAUACCCAAUGGGAGUGUCAGGAGAAUUACUCACAAUAUAUGCCGCUUUGCCCUUUGUCAGACAGGCUGGCCUGUAUUCCAUCAGUUUACCUAACAAAUACAAUUUCUCCUUUGACUAUUAUGCAUUCCUGAUUUUGGUCAUGAUUUCCUACAUUCCACUUUUCCCCCAGUUAUACUUCCAUAUGCUACAUCAGAGAAGAAAGGUCCUUUCUCAUGCUGAAGAACACAAGAAAUCUGAAUAGUUUCUGCUUCCUUCUCCUCCUCUCCUUCCCCCUCAAAAAAACACCAACUUUUCAAUUAUCAAAAAAUGCUGCAGACUUUUUGAGUUCCCAAUAUGUUUCAUAGAAAAUAAGUAAGAACUAUUUUUAAAACACUUAAAAGAUAAACCAAAAUCCAGUGUCACCUGGGCCUGGCAUUUUAUAUUAAAACAAAAACAAAUAACCUUACAUAAAACAUCCUGACCAGUCCAUUUCAGCAUGCUCUUCCAACUAGAAUAUCCAUAUACUUACGAUGGUACUAGGAAGGGACCUGACAUUAUAUAUCCUCCAGCUUCCUUCAUGUAUCUGACAAAGCUCUGUAAUACUAAAUACUUGCAAGUUACAGUUUGAGUAAUAAAGUUGUACCAACUGAAUGCCCAGCUUGCAGUAGAGUUAUGUUCAGUCUGCAGUGUUUAGGAUUCCCUUCUCAAAGUGCUUGAGUGCAUGCUGGAAACUAUUUGUAUUUUUGAAGCAGCAAAAUUUGUCCUCUGGAAUGCUCUGAAGUUAUGACUGGGACCUAUUCCUUCAUCUCUAGUGAAUGAAUUAUAUAAUGUCUGUGUCUGAAGCUUUGGGAUAGAACCCAGAAUCAGAAAACAAUUAGAACCCUUUUGUUCCUUUUCAAUGAGUCAUUACUGCCUGCCACUAAGGAACCGUGCUUGAAUUUACUAAGUAUUUGUACAUUGUAGAGAACUUACUUUAUCUGGGCUCUCCCUCACUUACAUUUUAACAAAAUGACCAUUUUUCAGAAAGGGAAAGCUGAAUCCACUAGUAAAUGGCAAGUACCUUUCAUGGUACCUUUUGCAGAACACCUUAGAAUAACGUAUCUAUGACUUUCUAUUUAUGGACCUAAAAUCUCGUCUUAGGACAACCUGUUAUUGAAAGCAAAGGGAACAUAUUGCUUUAGAAGUAUAGUCCUGAAGAACAUUCCAGAAUAGGUUUUAUAUAAACUUUUAUUAUUUUGUUCUUAAAAUUUCCAAUUCUUCUAUUUUGGUACUUUUUCUAAUUAUGGUCCUAUGUGAUUCCCACCAAGUUAUAAGUCCAGAGACAAUGAAAUGUUUUAGCUGGACAGUCAUGCACUAAAAAUGAUAUCUUCCUGCUUGUUGGGGCAGCCAAGAAAUACUUUGAUCCUAUGGACACUGUCUAAUGUCAUAUCUUCAUACCAUUGAAUUGUCCGACUAUGCACUUAAGACUUUUCAAAAGUUUGGUGAAAAUGUCAAGCCCAAGUUUAGAUGUGCAUUAGAUUGUAAACAUAAAAUGUUCUUUGUGGAACCUUUUUUUCUUUUUUUUAAUUGGUUGAUCUGGAAAACUUAAAAAAUUUCUACUUAUAGUUAAUCAUUUAAUAUAUAAUUGCUAAUAUCAGAAGACUGUCAUAAUGGAAUACUAAUUUUAAAUGCUUAUUUUCAUUGAAGCUUGAAAAUGACAAAACAGUAUGCAGCUUACAGUUUGAUUCAGACAGACAUGUAAUAAAUUGUUUUUGACUUGAACAUUAAAUUCUGUUUCUUAACGUCGGCAUUCUUCACUUGGGCAUGUACCUUUCAGGGUACCUUUCUUGUAUUUGGUAAACAAAAUGUAUGGAAAGAUUAUUUCUCUUGCUUUUUCUCUGUAUUUUUCCAAAAUAUACUUCUGUUGUAAAAUAGUCAAUUUGAGUUUCGUUAGCUUUAUGACUUAAUUUGGGUACAGUUUUUGGGGUGGAGAGUUAUAGAGAUUUUUUCAGUAGUGUUAGAUUGGGAGUUUAUUCUGUUAUAAUUUGUCACUGUGAUAAAUAGUCUUGCAAACAGUGAUUGCCUCAAAUUGAACUUCCAUAACAAGAACAGUUUGCUGUGUUCCCAUCUCAGAAAGUUCCCAUCUCAGAAAGGGUCUCAGCCCUAGUCAGCAUUUAAAUUCUCAUGCCAGACAAAUAAGGCCCACCAUUUUGUCCCUUAGUCACCUCUUACUAACUGCUUUCUCCAUCUCUGGCAUGAUUUAAUUUCUUCUUUGAAGUUGUGUUCUUUUAUGAAUUGAGAACAUCUAACUCCAUCAAAUAUCACCUCCUCUUAUAAAGUGCGAAUGAGACUGGUCGUGUUUGGGUAAGCAGUUUGUCAGGUUGAUUGUUUUCAUCUCAGGACAAUUCGUCAAAGGGAACCACCUGGCUGGGUGUUUUCAGAUCUAUUUCAGGGACAUUCUUCCAAUAGCUAGUUCUUUGAGGUAUGCAGUAGUGCUUUGUAGACUCAGUUGCUAAUCUGCAUCUUGUGUUGUCUGUGAAGAUUGGGAUCCUUCAUUUAACACACACGACCAUUAUCAAAGGCACCAUGGAGAGUUAGUCACGGAAUAAAGAACCUUCUCCCAAAUAAAAGCAUUCCUUUGGCGUGAACUCCCAACAGAAUGGGGGCUACAAGAUGUGGAGUCAUAAGGCAUCAUUCCCCCCUUUUUUGUUUGUUUAGUUAUUUGUAAUAAAAGGUUAACAUUGAUGUGGCACAACCUGCAAAUUAUUUUUAGUUCUGAGUUUUAGAUAGAACAUCAAAAUCAGUACAUACUGCUCCUUUUGAAAUUUGAGUGAAAAAAUUACACAACCAUAUCUACUCACUUUUGUAUUUUUCUAUGUUGUGAAGACCAAAAUUGUAAUUUUAUAAGUCUUUGAUUCACUAAAAAUUAUAUAAUUUAAAUGUAUUUUUUGUAUAUUUAGAAAUAAGGAGUUCAAAGACUAUGCUUAACUUUCUAUGCAUGUAUUUGGAAGCUGUUUCUACCUGAUGAUGUUUAACGUAGUUAUAAGUUGUAUUCAUAAGAUACUGAUGUGUUGCAUUUUAAAAUAAACUGGUGUGUGCUCUGAGUUUGAAA